AUGACUGACAAAUCAAAGGCAAUUUCUGGUCGACCAGCAGCAAAUUCGUCCGUCUCCUCCACGCCAAGAAUCUUGACCCUUGGAGGAGAUCAUACAACGACGUUGUCUGCGCUGCGCUCAACGUAUCAGAGAUGGGGACCUGUCUCGGUGAUUCAUUUUGACAGCCACAUCGGGACAGCCGAGCCGGGAGGCUGGUCUACGCGGGAGCUUCUCACUAUCCUCGACGGCCUCGAAGGGCUCUCCGUAGUCGGUGCAGACGUCGUUGAGGUUGCACCCGCGUAUGACAACAACGGCGAGACCACUAUUCUUGCUGCAGCCGAGGUUGCCUAUUCUCUGAUUGACCUUAUGGUACUGACACCUGUUCAGUCAAAGGCAGAUAUUGGGGAAAAUAGCUAG